GACUUUGAGCUCAAACUGAGUCUUUGCGGCGGAAUUGUGGUGAACGUGUCCAUCGCCAACAUAUCCGACGCCUACACACGUCUGUUGCAGUCAUUGGCGCAAAACGCCGACACCGAUGGCGAUGACAAUGAGAGCACACCGACAGACAUGGAAGUGCUUAAACCCAACGCUAUGUUCAAAAUCGGACAAUACUUUGCGGUCAAAGUGUUGCAGAAGUCGAAGCAAACGAUGGGCUUCAGGAGUGUAGAGAUCAAGGCGUCGCUGAACCCACGGGACGUUUACGGACACCUGAACCCGCAGUCGUUGCUGAAAGUGCCCAAAAUGCCGGUCGUGGCCGCCGUUGAUAGUGUCGAAGAUCACGGCUAUGUCAUGGAUAUCGGCUUCGACGGUAUCAAAGCGUUUCUGCCCAGAGAUAAGGCACAGACAGCCAUACAGGAGUGGAAAGGCCGCAAAAGCCUAUCUGUGGGACAGUUGGUGUUGUGCGCCAUCGACGGCGCGGUCAACGAUCGGAGCGUGAAGUUGACGACAAACGCCAAAACGUUAUCGAAAUUCAAGUUGACUUCGGAUAGCGAUGUGUCGGCGCCGGUGUUGAUGCCCGGCGUCACCGUUUCGGCCACUGUUUUGAACGUCUCCGACAGGGGUCUGGAAGUGAGUGUUUGCGAUGACUUCAAGGGCUUCGUUACGCGCAGUCAUCUGCGAAACGAUUGGGAGUUCCCGAAGAAUAUGUAUAAAAUCGGCGACAGAGUCGAGGGAACGGUACUCUACAGACAUCCCGUCACCAAACAAUUUGCUCUGUCAUUGAAGCCCCGACUCGAGCCCAAAGUUAUUAAGAGUUUUACGCAAACCAUUAAAGUCGGCGCUCUUCACGAGAAAGCGGUGGUUAUGGGUCGCGACGAUAUGGGGAACGUUGUGUUCAAACUGGCCAAUGGUGUCAAAGCUAUCGCCCAUAAGAAGGAUCUGUUCGACAAAGUGUCCGAAGACACGGAUUUAGACAACAAGUAUAGCGUCGGAUCGGAGCACAGAUGUCGCGUCAAGUCCGUAAACCUAAUGGAUCUGUUGGUGACCAUCACGUUGAAGAAGUCGGCCCUCGACUCCCCCUCCCUGUCCAUCGACGACCUGAAGAUCGGUUCCAUAGUCGCGGGAAAAGUGAAGAAACUGAUCAAAGAUGGAGCGGUCGUACAGUUGGGGUUCGGGUUAAGGGGUUUUGUGCCGAACCGGCAUUUGGCAGAAACGGCACAAUUGAAGAAUCGCGAGCAGCUUUUCCCGAUGGGCCGGGAUGUAAAGUGUCGUGUGGUUCGACUCGACAAGAGCUGUACGCCCUGUAAGAUAAACCUCACGUGCAAGAAGUCGUUGCUGUCGAAGAAGUUACACCUCUUGUCGUCAUACGAAGAAGCGGUUCCCGACUUCCAGACCGACGGAGUGGUAGCGCUGAUCGUCAAAAAAGGAAUUUUAGUUGAAUUCUUCAACGAUGUCAAGGGAUUCAUACCAUUGAAGUUCCUGAGUUCGUAUAGGAUUGAGGAUCCGUUCAAAGUCUUCAAAGUGGGACAAAUGGUGAAGUGUUCGGUUGUGGCCACGGAUGUCGAUAAGGAGAGGAUUACCUGUGCGUUGGCCGGCGUUAAGGAUAGUAAGAAGAGUAAGAACUCGAUGGCAGCCGUCGGACAGUUGUUGACACAAAUGAAAGUCACAAAUAAGACUAAGAAUGGGUUUGACUUAACGGACGCGUCGCGAGAACUGACGGCUUUCCUCCCAUUCGGACACUUAGCCGACGAUAACGACGUGUCGGUGCUAUUGAGCGAAGCGCUGGCUGUCGACGACAUCAUCGAUGAAGUGGUUGUCUUCGCACUCAAACCGGAUCUCAUAAUCGUUAGCAGAAAAGCGGCGUUUAUUAGUUGCGCCAAAAACCAGACAUUCAUCUCAUCUGUGGAUCAAUUGGAGCCCAACCUCAUCGUCCCCGUCAUUAUUAAUGGUUUUGCCGCUUACGGAAUAUUUGUGGAAAUGGCGGCAAAUAUCAAAGGAUUGGUUCCGAAGCGCUAUUUAAUCGACGGUCCAAUGGAUGAGCCGAAGAAUUUGGGUUUUUCUUUACACCAAACAGUUUUCGCCCGUUUUGUUGACUUUGAGGAGCAAACAGCCGCCGAUUCAGACAAAAAAGAGCGCAAAAAGUUGUCGUUUUCUCUGAAGUUGUCUCACGUCUGGAACAAUGAGGACAAUCCCUUUGACGAUCGCGUCCAGUGGUUCGCCAAUUAUAACGUCGACAAGACUCUGGCGGUCGAUCUGAUCCGGAAGAAUGUGUCGGAUUCGCGGCAAAAGGUGUCAAAUUUCAGAAUCGGUGAAGUCGUGUCGUAUCGGAUCCGCCAAUCGGACGAUUCCGAAGAAGUGGUGUGCGAUGUGAGACAUAGCAACGAAAAGAAGGGACAGUCUGUGCGGGGACUGGUAGUCAAGACGGAGAUCAAUGUCGUGGCCGCGGAGAUAGCCUACAAAGUGGGCGCCUCUGGGUUUGCAGUGGUUGUGGACAUUGAUUUCGAUGAACAGAGGGUUGUGGUAGUGAUUGACCCGAAGAUUGUGAAACAGAUCAAGAAUGCGACGAAAAUCAAAGCCAUAUCGUGUGUCAAAUGCGAGCAAAUCAUCAAAAGUACGCCCAUUUAUAUCUGCAAUCAGUACGUACUGGUAGUGCUCAGUGGUCACGCCCCGGGUCUUUUGGCGUACGUACCGGCAAAACGACAUCCCAAUGACAUCAGCGGUAUCUCUCACUUGUUCUCAUUGACGGACACGUAUCAUGUGAUCAUUAAAUCCGUGUCUAAUGAUGGAGUGAUUGCUGUCUUAAAACCGCACGAAAAUCAACACAUUAUGAAAGCACCGAAAAGCGUGAAAGGCUUGAAGAUUAUCGCACCGCAAAGUGUGGACACAAGCGAUGAUAAUAAACCUGAGAAUGGAAUCCAUGUGCCAUCGGAUGACAAUAAAAAAGAAAAAGUGACUGAAAUUAAGUCCAAACAAGAGAUUAAUCGUAAGCGAAGACUGAACUCGGAGUCCGAGACGGAGUCGACGACAAAAGCGGUGCCAAAAGCCGUCGAAAAGGACUCGAAGUCGAAACGCUUCCAAAAAGAUGUGCUGAAAGUGAGCCAACCGUUCGUGUGGGCCGUCGACGACGCGACACCCGAUUUGAAUCGCUUGAGUAGCGCCUUGACGGCCGGCGCUCUCACCGGAGAUGCCGACCAUUCGUCGUCCGACAGCGACGGAAGCGUUUCGUCCGAAGACGAGACGACGAGUGGUGCGAAGCCCCGGAAGACUCGUCGCGAACGCAACGAAGAGGUCAGACAUCGCGAGGAACUGCUGCGCAAGAAGGAGGAGCAGCUCAUGGAUACGGACCGGACGCCCGAAACCGCCGACGACUUUGAGCGCUCGGCGUUGGCCUCACCGAACAGUUCGCUCGUAUGGCUGAAGUACGUGGCCUACCAUCUGGAGGAGGCGCAGGUGGAUAAGGCCCGGGAGGUGGUCGAGCGGGCGCUUAAGACUAUAUCAUUUCGCGAGGAAAGGGAGCGCCUGAACGUGUGGUUGGCGUCACUCAAUUUGGAGCACCUGUACGGCACUCAACAGACGCUGGACGAGGUGUUCGCCAAAGCCGUGCAGUUCAACGAACCGGUCGUUAUCUACAGCCAUUUGGCCGACACGUACGCCAAGGCCGGCAAACUGGAAGAGUCGGAACUGCUGUACAAUCAGAUGCUGAAGAAGUUUAAGCACAAUAAGAACGUGUGGAUCGGUUUCGGCCACUUCUACAUGAGGUGCGCGCGCUUAGAGGCGGCCCGGAAGCUGAUGCAGAGGGCGCUCCAGUGUCUGGAAAAGCGCGAGCACCUGGAGGUGAUCGAGAAGUUCGCGCAAAUGGAGUUCCGGUCGGGCGAUGUCGAGUACGGAAAGACUCUGUUCGAGAACUGUUUGGCCAACUUUCCCAAGAAAGUCAACCUCUGGUUCGUGUACAUCGAUAUGAUGCUCAAGUAUGGCGUUAGAGAUGGCGGUAAUGACAGCGCUGUCAAGGAUAACGACGAAAUGGUGAGGAAUAUCUUCGAGCGAGUGAUCACUUAUAAGUUGGCGGCGAAGCAAAUGAAGUCUGUGUUCAAGAGGUAUAUAGAGUUUGAGACACAAAGAGAUAAUUUCGACCGAAUAGACCGAAUCAAACACAAAGCCAUGGAAUACGUGGAGGGGAGGACCAUCUCGUGA